ACACUUGCUUAACAGCAAGGAAUAGCACCAAUUGCACAUCUUCAACUUCUUCACUUUCUAACUACUUAUAUGUCUUCAUCUUGGGACAACUAUUGAUAGGGACAGGGGGAACUCCUCUUUAUACCCUGGGAACAGCCUUUAUUGAUGACUCGGUGCCUACACACAAAUCUUCUCUCUAUAUAGGAAUCGGCUAUUCUAUGUCAGUCUUAGGCCCUGCUAUUGGCUAUGUGGUGGGAGGACAACUGCUAACCAUAUACAUUGAUGUUGCUAUGGGACAAAGCACUGAUGUCACUGAGGAUGAUCCACGAUGGUUGGGAGCUUGGUGGAUUGGAUUUCUUAUAUGUUGGUUCUUUGCUUGGUCUUUGAUAAUACCUUUUUCUUGCUUUCCAAAACAUUUACCAGGUACAGCAAAAAUUCAAGCUGGAAAAACUUCUCAGACUCAUCAGAAUAAGAAUAAUUCUUUACAAUAUGCAGAUGAGAAUUUUGGAAAAAGUAUUAAAGAUUUUCCAGCUGCUGUAAAGAAUUUGAUGAGGAAUACUGUGUUUAUAUGUUUAGCUCUAUCAACAUCUUCAGAAGCCUUAAUUUCUACUGGAUUUGCUACAUUUUUACCUAAAUAUAUAGAAAAUCAAUUUGGAUUGACAUCCAGCUUUGCAGCUACCCUUGGAGGGGCUGUUUUAAUUCCUGGAGCUGCUCUUGGUCAGGUUUUAGGCGGUAUCCUUGUUUCGAAAUUCAAAAUGACCUGUAAAAAUACAAUGAAGUUUUCAUUGUUCACAUCUGGAGUUGCUCUUGCGCUGAGUUUUAUAUUUAUUUAUGCCAAAUGUGAAAAUGAGCCAUUUGCUGGUGUGUCUGAAUCAUAUAAUGGGACAGGAGAACUGCGAAACUUGACAGCCCCUUGUAAUGCCAAUUGCAACUGUUUACGAUCAUAUUAUUAUCCUCUGUGUGGACAAGAUGGAGUUCAAUAUUUUUCUCCCUGCUUUGCAGGUUGUUUAAGCUCUGUUUCAGAAAGUAAACCAAAGAUAUAUUACAACUGUUCCUGUAUUGAAAGGAAAACAGAAAUAACAUCUACUGCAGAAAGUUUUGGUUUCGAAGCUAAAGCUGGAAAAUGUGAAACUCAAUGUGCAAAAUUGCCCAUAUUUCUUGGCAUAUUCUUUAUUACAGUUAUUUUUACCUUUAUGGCUGGUACUCCUAUAACUGUGUCCAUCCUAAGAUGUGUUAAUCAGACACAGCGGUCUCUAGCAUUGGGAAUACAGUUCUUGUUGCUUCGAUUAUUGGGUACAAUACCUGGACCAAUUAUAUUUGGUAUCACAAUAGACAGCACAUGUACUCUCUGGGAUAUUACUGAAUGUGAAAUUAAAGGAGCUUGCUUGAUUUAUGAUAACAUCAAGAUGGCUCAUAUGCUUGUAGCUAUAUGUGUUAUUUGUAAAAUUAUCACCAUUUUCUUCAAUGGGCUUGCAGUCUUUUUGUAUAAACCACCACCAUCAGGCACCGAAGUGUCAUUUCAAAGUCAGAAUGCAGUUAUGACAACUGUUUCAGAAGAAUGGGAUCUCAACAAAGCAGGAAAUGAAGGGUGAAAUAAAGAGGAGUCUAUUUUAUAGCUGGAAAAUUGACCUCCAUUUCUAAGAUUGCACAUUGCCACGUCAGCAUUAUCUACCCAAUCUGGGCAAUCAUAUUUUUAAUAAUGAUGUCUUAUAAUCAAAUGUAUUUUUUUUAUAUGUGUGGACUCUUACUUGUUUAGUUUUAAUGCAAGAAAGAACUGUGCCUUCGAAGCCCACCAAAAUCCUUAAAACAUA